AUGGCCAAGAUUCAACCCAAGCUGAUAUGUCCUGCGGUUUGCACAGGGCACGUGGGUGUGGACAUUCCAGACUGCAAUCUUGACCCUGAUAACUCCCUCUGUGCUGAUGCCACGGAGGGCAUGAGAAUUGCCAACUACUACAACGAUACCUUCCUUUGCGAUCCGUGUUACCUAUCCGUAUUUUGGUGGAGAAUCAACUCGCCCUUUCUGCCGGACAGCGACUACUCUGACUAUCUCGUCGACCAAUUCCAAGACAUUCAGGACGUCUGCAACGUCACAGUGUCAGACACAAUCCUCCGCGUCAGCCCGCCAGGUUAUGCUAUUGGAGUGACGCCGAACUACACUUUGCUUGGCAGCACACCCCCAAGCGGCUCGCCCGCCUCUUCCGCGUGCUUGGGACAGACGCUGUCGACCGGCAGUGGCGCUUGUGAUACUCUGUCGACUACGUACGGGGUGACAACCGGAGACCUUCAGCAAAUUACUAAUUCCACCACGUGUACCUUCUCCGGAAGCAUCUGUGUGCCGAACAAAUGUGCUUUGUCUCAAACCGGGACCAACGCAUCUUGUGAUUCCUUGGCGGCAAGCUUGACAACAAGCACGCUUAAUAUCACGGACGCUUUACUUCUGUCAUGGAAUCCGAAUAUCCAGGGUCUUUGCGACUCGUUGACUCAAGGACAAUACGUCUGCAUAGGACCGCCUGGAGGCACCUACAAUCUGCCAGCACCGAUCGGCGGCGACACCACUGCAGCCGGCCAGCAACGUGGUGGUCAAGGUAGUGGAGCAAAUCCUGACGGGCCUCUCGGUGCCACAGGUCCUACUGUGAACAGCACAUCGCAAGCUCCAACACAAGAGGGCAUCAACCCGAAUUGCACCCUGUUCGCUUAUGCUGCCGCAAAUGACACUUGCUAUGACUUCACAGUCGACUUCAGCAUAACGUUGAAGGACUUCACAUCGUGGAACCCGAUUCUAGGGUAUCCCGACGGGGCAAAUUGCACCACCAAGUUCUGGAGCGGCUAUGACUACUGCGUCCAAGUGAAUGGAUCCAGUUCCACCACCACUACGUCUACUUCCAGCCAGACUUCAAGCACGAAAGCAACAACGUCGCUGCCAUACCCAACCCAGAGCGGCAUCACGCCGUCGUGCAACAAGUACGCCGAAGCCGUGUCAGGAGACUACUGCUACGUGUUUGCUCAGGAGCACAACAUCACCACCGAUGAGCUAUACGCAUGGAACCAGAUCCUUGGGCCAAAUGGUGCCAAUUGCUCCACUCAAUUCCAGGCUGGCGUAGAUUAUUGUGUUGGUGUAUCGUCGACAUCGACGAGCCCGACGACAAUGUCAAAGACUCCGACAAGCACAACACCGACCUCCACACCGGUGCCCACGCAGAGCGGCCUGGCGGCCGACUGUGUGAAGAUCGUGGAAGCGAAGAGUGGGGACUACUGCUAUGAGUUUGCGCAGAAUAAUGCCAUCACUACAACUCAGCUCUACACCUGGAACCCUAUAUUGGGGUCUAAUGGUGCCGAGUGUAGCACAGAGUUCCAGGCUGGAGUCGGAUACUGUGUGGCAGUGAGCAGCUAA